AUGGCUUUUCCUUGCGUCAAAAGAAACGUAAUUUCAUUUCUUCCUCUUCUUGUUCUUUUAUCAAUCACUCCUUUGUCUUCAUCUUUUUCUCCGAUUGCCAAAGUCACAAAAGAACUACUUAACAAACUCUGCUCAGUACCGCCAUUAUACAGCCACUUCUGCAUCCGUUGGCUUAGCUCUGACCCAACAACGUUCACCCUCGACUUGAACGGUCUUCUCGGUUUGGUCGUUCAAAAGAUGCAAAUGGUUGGCUAUAAGAACCUAGCAGCAAUGAAAGAAUUGGCAAAAACCAAUACCGAUCCGAAGCUCAACACGCCAUAUUGGCAUUGCGUAGUACAUUAUGAGACAGCCAUUUACUGGAUUGAUAUAGGGUUUCUUAGCACUAGGGACUACCUAGCAACAUCUCAGGCGGCUGUGAAAGCCUUUGUUAGUAUAUCUUUGUGUGAAUAUAACCUUCAAGGACAUGAGAAUGUGCCGUCUGAUCUUACACGACGCAAUUUGACUUUUAAAAGAAUGUGUAACAUUGGUAGAGUUUUCUCUGACCUUUUCAGCUAUCGUCCUCCACCUGUAUGA